CAGACCCGUCUUCUGGUCACCCAUAGCUUGAACUGGUUGCCAGAUGUGGACUUAAUAAUUGUGAUGAAUGAUGGAAAGAUAUCGGAGGCAGGGACAUUUGAAAUUCUAACAAAACAUCAAGGAGCUUUUGCAAAGUUUUUGGAUCUGUAUUUAAUUCAU